AUGGAGCAGGUUCAUGGAGUAGAUGUUAGCUGGAUGACCCACGGCUCUCCAAAAGUCGUCCGUCCUGUCCCAGUCGCCCAGUCACACUUGCGCGCGUGCUGCUCGCCUACUACGCAGUACGCCAGAGCCAACCGCACCCGCACCACCAGCACCCGCAUCCCACCAGCCAAGUCGGCCCAGAUAAGCAACUGGCCUACAGGAGCUCGCCACUGGACACUGCAUACCAGAUCUCUGGGUCUCGCCCAGUGGAUAUAUCCAAGAACCCACAAGGCGUCGAAACCCUCCUCACUCCGACGACCCUCGCUGUCCGCUCCGAGAGACUCACCACCCCCGGCCUCUCCGACCACCGGCCAGCCUGUUGUCAAUGGCAAUCCCAACGCCAACGCCAACGGCAACACCAAUGGCACAACAGACGCUGCGAAGGGCAACACAGAAGGCGCGAAGCCCAUCCCGGUUGGACGGCCUGCAAUAGGCAGGAGUCCUUCAAAUGAAAAGUCCCCAGGUCCUAAUGGCACUCCACCCUCGCGCCGCAAUUCCUGGUUUUCCAACAUCUCGUCCAAGUUCUCUUCAUCUCCGAAUAGCAACACUUCCCCGACAAGCCAACAACCACAGAAUACUUCGCCGAAAGACUCAGGUCCGGCACCUCCGAAAGUGAAUCCCCCCAAGAACGCUGUGCUGCCGCACGCCGCUAAAAACGACGGCGACCAGCCAUACACACCAGCACCCCCCGGUCGCGGCCAGGCUGGUUUUCUCGGGGUCUUCCGGCGGUUAUCUUCCUCGGGCGGCGUACUGUCACCCGGCGCGAAAGGGACUCACGGCUUGGUCGAGAGGAAAGUUCUAAACGUCGACCAUAAUCGCGAGCGCUGUCAGAUCACGGACUUGCACCAGGCGAAGCUCCGGAGAGUCGCGUUCAGCGUCGACGUCGAGAUCGCGCCGAUGCCAAAAUAUAUCGAUACCGACACGCCUGCGAAGAAGCCUCUCGAAAAAUGCAAGACCCGCAAAAUUGUAGAAAAAGGAGAGGGCGAGGCCUUGAAGAAUCCAAAGUCUCUCGAGGAGCAAAAGGAACGCGACGGAGUCAUCCAUACCACGGGUGAGCCUGUGCCUAAGGAGCCGGAAACAGAAGGAACGGACCCGACCAAAGAGAAGAAGGAGGGCGACGCAAACAACGCGAACGUUCCGGCGGAUGGCAAGGAAAAGGAGACCAAGAAGAAGGAAAAGAAGAAGAAGAGCGAAGAGGAAAGGAAAGCUAGGAAAGAGAAGAAGCGGAAACUGGCUGAGGCCAAUGGAACGAUCCCCAUGGAGAUUCAUUUGGACGACAGCGACUCUUCCAGCGAAGGUACCCCGGCUGCAACACCAAAGACAACGGCUUCUCCCACGACGAACCCUGUUAGGAUAUACCGGCGCUGCUGUCAGUUGAGAGAAACGCCUAUCCUUAAGAAGAUCACCGAGCAACUGGGCAGCCCCUCGAACUGCUCUUCCGACAUCGGAAUGGUGCAAAAAUUGGAUCUGACGGGCUACUGGAUGCAGCUGCCAGACUUGGUCACUUUGGGAGACUAUCUAGCAGUUGUGCCGGUUAAGGAGGUCAUUCUGGAGAACUGCGGCCUAUCGGACGAGGGCUUAAGGGUUAUUCUUGCAGGCCUCUUGGCUACGAAGAAGCCCGAAUCAAGGCGGCGGAAGCACACCCAGCCCGAUGGACUUACCCUCCAAGGAGGUUUCGUGGAGCGCCUCGUCCUCAAGAACAAUAAGAUCGGCCCGGAGGGUUGGAAGCACAUUUGCCUUUUUACUUACCUCUGCCGAACGCUCAAAUUCCUGGACGUAUCCACGAUAUCAUUCCCUCGGCCUUCCCAGCCAGCUCAGAUUGGACACAGCCAUCAUCUUUUGCGGCAUUCCAACGAGGAUAAGCCCCAAAACGCCUCCGCUACACUCUUCUCUGAAGCAAUCGGCAAGAGAUUAGCUGGGUCCACGCUGGAGCUCCUCAAUCUUGGAGAGACUAAUCUGAAUCCAGACGAUCUGGGUGUGAUAAUAGAUGGCAUCAACCAGUGUGGUGUCAAACGACUGGGCCUUGCUCACAACAACAUUGAUGACAAGGGCUUGCAACAUGUAGCAAGGUACCUCUCUCAGAGCACAUGCGAGGGCCUUGACCUAGGGGGCAACGACCUCCGCGAUCACAUGGAUGUGAUUGCAAAUGCGAUUUCAGAAAAGGAUUCUUUGUGGGCACUCAGUCUAGCUGAGUGCAACUUGAAGCCUGGCUCGUUAUGCAAGAUCUUCCCAGCUCUGGCGCAACUUAAGGACUUCCGCUUUAUUGACCUUUCGCACAACCGGGAUCUUUGCAACUCAGAUCCUAGUGCCAUUGGUCUUUUGCGCAAGUAUAUCCCCAAACUCAACGGCUUGCGUCGUAUCCACCUUGCAGAUGUUGCCAUGACCUCUGAACAAGCAAUUGCUCUUGCAGAGAUUCUUCCAGAAGCCAAACUCCUCGCCCACAUCAGCUUCCUUGAGAACCCCGAGCUCGUCAAGCUCACAGACGCAAAGACUGAGGAGGCCCAAGAGGAAGCCUGUGCGUUGUACGCAUCUUUCCUGGCUGCCACGCGGGUAUCGAAGACGAUUGUUUGCGUUGAUAUCGAUCCCCCCAGCGACAACUCUGGCGAGAUUGUUAAGGCGUUGGCUAAGCAGGUAGUGGCCUACUGCCUGCGGAAUAUGGAGCGUUUCCCUCUUGGCGACAUCAGCGCUGUCAUAUCAACGGUGCUGGCCGAGUCUCAGGGAGAGUCCCAAGGACCUCAACCAGCUGGCCCAAUCCCUCCUUACCCAGAUGUACUUGCACAUCUCGUCGGCCACGACGUACUGAGGGACGACUCCUCGGACAACGAAUCUGCUCCUGACGAUGAUUACGUUAUUGGUGGGACCGGAGUCGUCAAGGCGCUCACUUGCUGUCUCAAGAACAGAGGCGACGAAUCUAGGAGACAGUCUGGAGAGUUCAUUCGAGACUUCGAGGACGGCAUUCCAGUGCCAACCAGCCCUCGACCGAAACUUCCUCCCGGAAAAGCCAAAGACAUGUCGAAACACUUACUCGCGAGUGCCCGCAAGAUUCGUCAACGUCUGCAACCCGCUUUGUCCAAGGCUAGGGUCAGUCCUGAAGAGGACGAGCACAAUCUGCGCAAGCUGAUGUUCCUCGAUACAACACUCGCGAAUAUCAUUAAGCGAUUUGAGGACGAGUUCCCUGACACUCGUGUGUCUACCGAUGAAGCUUCCGAAAGCACAGUUCCUAGUCAGAGCGACAGACUUGGCACGUCGUUGUCGUCAACUGAAGACCCUGACUUGGGCAAUAUCCCGUCUGAUCCCGAAGACGAGACUGGCCUUCAAGUCCGACCUGGCCUGCCUCGCACAAACUCGACGCUAUCGUAUACAUCCAAGGCACUUGCCGAGGAGGAAGGAAGAAUGCACAGAGCCGGCCACAAAAUCCGCUCCGGCAUCAUCAAGCCCGAAUACUAUGGCCUGCUCAGCGGAGUGCUCGAAGUUGGUCUCGAUCCCAAGCAUACUGCCAUGCUCCACCAGAUGAUCGAAGAGAUCGACGAUCCAGACCUGACUGAAAAGGUUGAACAGAAGGGCAUCAUGCGUGUCUUCAAUGAGGAUCGCGAUCAGGUCCGAGAAGGACUCCGGGCACUGGAUCCCAUGCAUUGGGACCGCUUCGUCGAAAGUCAAGAAAAGGCCAGAGGAAACGUCAAAACCAGUCUGUCCAACGGCGUCAAGCCGGCUGACGAGGUUGCCGUUGAGGAUUGA